UCAUGGCUGUGAUCUUUAGAGGCUUUAUGUUUAUCAAGACUCAUGGACCUCAAGAGAUCUUGCUAUUUGACAUGAGCGAUUGGAACGACACACCCGCCAUGAAGGAAAGUGUUCGACGAGAGCUGAGCGAAAAUUGUUGGACCGAUGCAGAAGAAUCUCAUCGCGGGGAGAAGCCGUUGGUUGAUUACAAAAACUGGGGUUUGAGGGUCAAUUACAGCGGCAAACACGAUGUAGCUUACAUUACCAACUAUGGGGAUAGUGAGUUGCAAUACUUAUUGCGAGACGGACAAGCAGGACGGUUCUUGAGGUAUACAAUCAAGCCAAACCAGCAACACAGAAUCCCAUACGAAGCAGGCCACUGGCUCAUGACCUGGAUUUGGAACCCUCCCCGUAGCUAGUGUCGCUUCAAUCCCCCCUCAUGCAUGUUGGAGAAGUGAUUGGAUGUCAAAAAUGCACAAAAUCUUCACUCGCAUUUCUCUCAUCCAUCCUUGCAUUCAUGUUUAAUGCACAAUAGAGAAGUUAUGUACAGAUCUCAAAAAGUCAUAAAC